AUGUAUUUAUCAUCCAUCAUCAAGAGCGGCCUCUCCUGGAUCGAGGACGACGAUGAGAAGGAGAAAAUCUGGUCAGAGGCUAGUCGCAGGAUGACAGAGCGAUGUGGAAGAACAGCAAUGGGCGAGAUCACGCGGCGGUGGCCCUUUAGAGAGGAGGACCUCACGCCGACAUUCGAACUCAUUAUUCGAGAGCCACCCCUGACCGGUGAUUCACUGGGCCUCAAGACCUGGGGGUCUUCUUACGUUCUUGCCAAGCACUUGCCAUCCAUCGGUUCGACGGCUCUCUUCCGGCUCUUCGAUGAAUCGCUCGGCGAGCCGCGGCCGUCUGUGUUGGAGCUAGGUUCUGGCACAGGCUUACUCGGAAUUGCGGCGGCAGCCUUGUGGAAGGCUCACGUUCUUCUCAGCGAUUUGCCAGAUAUCAUGUCGAAUCUUUGGCACAAUGUCGAGGCCAACCGUGCCACGGUGGAGAAGCUUGGAGGUUCACUGGACGCUGGUGCGCUUACUUGGGGUGGCUCGGGGAAUGAUGAGGUUGAUCAAACACUUUUUCUCAAAAGAAAUCAGUUCAAGCUAUCAAUCGAAGAUGAUGCCCGCGCAGUUGUGAUGGUCCCAUUGCGAGAUGAAACGACCAAGAAGCUUCUCAAGACUUUCAGAGAUGCUAUGGGUAGCCAGGGACGACCCCUAAACUGCAUCGAGGAGGGAACCCUCGAUGGCCAGGAUGACUGGGGCGAGGACGAGGAAGGCACCCAGACGACAGUCAAAGUGCGGCUUACUUCAACUUCCAUCCCAACUUAUUACCCGUCGCGUCGCGUGCCCAGCUCACGAGGCUGCCUCCCCCGGGAGAACUUCCUUCCACCUUCCGCGAACAUCUGCGGUUCUGAAUCACUGCCUUUGCAAGUACGCCCCGUGGCUCCUGCCGCAAUAUAUGUCAUGAAUCACUUGCUCAUAGCGCCUUCUUCCUCCGCUUCAGCACCUCUUCCAAACCAUCUUUCUCUUGCAGACUCCCUAACCAACCGAACACAACCACAACCCACAACCUCCAACGCCUCUGAGUUCUCACCAAAUACUGCGCAAAAACGUAUGACCGUCGAGAUGGUUGGCCAAAUUACUUACACCGAGGAACAGAUCAUCUUCAUCCUCCAGCAAAGUCUCGCUGGAGAGAAGCCGAAAGAAAUUCUGGACCAGUACGAAGAGCAGUUCAGCAAGCCCCUCACAAUGGCUCAACUUAAAUAUAUCAAGGUCAAAUACGGCCAUGAUCCUGAAUUUGGAACAGCGAUGAUCAACGGAAAGGUCCCAGACAAUGGCGGUAAUAGAAAGACGGCAGCCCAAUCACCACAACAGGAAGCUUGGGAUACGCCUGCCCAGUGCUCGAACAAUCAAAGCGACCAGUCCUGGAAAUCAUCCACAGACCAGCCGCAGUCAAAUUCGGACCGCCGUUAUUCCAUGCGUGAAAACCUACAGUCAAUGGAAAACUAUACACACGGUUCUCCCACCGACAUCCGCAUGAACCUGGCUUCAUCCUCUGGACAGGCACAACAUCAGCAGCAGCAGGAUGAAGUACCACAGGAUCAGCAAGCGCUCUUCUCGGCAGAGGAGUAUUCUGCAGCACACAACAGAAUACUUGAGCUGUUCCAGAUGAAUCCUGAUCGGCCGUAUGGUGAACAACCUGUUCAACAACAUUACGAACGAAUGUUCCAGCCUUCUAAAGUGCAGAAAAGAAAGUGGGACGGGCUUGCAGAAGUGAAGCAAGGCUCGGGGUCUUUUUUGCCAACGAGAGAAACCUUGGCUGUGCCUGCUGCCGUGGACGAAGAGCACCGAGAAAGCACCACGAAGCGCCAGAAGAUCCAGUUGCGGGAUUCAUUGUCCCAGAAGACCUCCCUGAAGUAUUCGCCCCAGAUUCCGAAUACCAACACGACACACCAGGCAUUAAGACAAGACGAUCAGUCACUGAGCUUACUCGACUUGGUUAUACCCGAGAUCCCCAGCCCUCAUACGAACCAGGAAACAGGCGCAGGCGAUCUACAGGCAGCGAAAGAUUCAAGUGUGUCACCCUUGACCAAGCUUCUCAACAGUAUCGACAACGAGUACGGACUAACAAACGAUAGCUCAUUUCCUUCAGAAUUCGAACAUCAGAUGAGCCCAGUAGGAAACAACGCCGUGUACUUCGACAAUACUAUGUGUCAGGGCUCAGAUCUCAUGGCUGUUCCCAUGCGGACAGAAACAGGCUCAACGAUGCCAUCCGCGAGCCCGAGCAUCAACUUCUCCCAAUCGAUGUCGAAUGCACAGUUGGAGGCACCUAAUAAUGACGCAGAAUAUAACUUCUGGGGCAGCUCUUUAGACGGCUUUCAGGGCACGACAGCUCACGACAGCGCGCUGGAGCGCGACUUUGACUCAGCCUUUCUGACGUACCCACAAACUUUUGCAUCCGAUGCUUACGCUGAGUUACCUUCUAACGUUGGGAGAGGGCAUGAAGAAGGCUUGGGAGACUUCUCUGGAAUGAGAUCACAGCAACAAUCUGAUGGCCAGAACGUUGCUAGCUUCUCGGGCGACAUCAGCAACGUUGACUUGGACGACAUAAACAAUUUUGGCUGGGGACAAAUUGACUUAUCCAGUGCAGAGCCACCACAGAGCCACGACGGCCAUUUCCAAGAGUUUCUUGGUCCUCUUGAGUAG